AUUAAAGGAAAAAUAUAGCAUUAUCUACAAGACUACAAGCAGGUGAGAGAAAAGAGACGGCCAAGUGUACACUAUAAGAACAUGUAGCUGUACUUUACAUUUGUCUCCGCCACCCAUUUUCCAAAUUUUCAAUUUCUUCCCUUUUUUUGCUCUUUCCUCUUCGUUCCAGAACAUCUUGAUUUUUCAGUAACUUUUUUAACUUCAAAUAUUCUUUGGAAUUGGCGAAUUUUUCCAACUUUAUAAGGUUAACAAAUCAUUUUUUAUAUGCUAGGAUUUUAAUAGGUGAGAGUUUUAUUAUUUUAAAUUUAUUUAUUUUAUUAUUAUUUUUUUUGUAAUUUUGUAGUAAUUUGCCAAUUAAGGUGGAAUUUUUACCCUCUAAAUUACAAGAUCCAGCUCAAUAAAUUUUUUAUUUAUAUAAAGGAUUUCAUUAUCAUAUUCAAAUAUUCCCUUUUCUUUCAUGUCUUGUAUUUCUACUCUGUGAAACAAUAAAGAGGGUACGGAAAAAACCCGAAAACUGUACAUCGAAUUCUCAUUUGUAAGGAGAAUUUUGAUGUUACUAAACCAGGGUUCAUGAAUGCAACACAAUGACAGUUCCUGAGACAAUAUUGUGAUUUUCUUCUUUUCAUGUUUUGAAUCCUUGAAAAUAUAUCAGCAUUGGUAAACAAUUUUUUUGAUUUUGUAUUGUGGGUUGUUUGGAGGAAUUGAUUGAUCUAUUGGUGGGUAUUUUAAGUAAUUGAUCAUGGUUGCAACUGCUGCAACUUCUGCCUUUUUUCCUGUUGCUCCUUUACCUCCUGAUUCGGGGUCAAAAGACUCAAAACCCUCUUCAACAAAACUUGGUUCUAAGUCUAAAUCUGGUUCAUCUGGGAGCUUAAAAGUCAAGGCCAAUGCACAAGCACCUCCCAAGAUUAAUGGUACCACGGUUGGUCUUCCGUCGAUGAUGGAAGGAGUGAAAAAUGGGGAAGAUACCUCCUCUCCACCCCCAAGAACGUUUAUCAAUCAAUUACCUGAUUGGAGCAUGCUUCUUGCUGCAAUUACUACUAUAUUUUUGGCUGCUGAGAAGCAAUGGAUGAUGCUUGAUUGGAAACCUAAGCGCCCUGACGUGCUUGUUGAUCCUUUUGGUUUGGGGAGUUUGGUUCAAGAUGGGUUUAUCUUUAGACAAAACUUUCCUAUUAGGUCCUAUGAGAUAGGGGCUGAUCGGACGGCAUCUAUUGAAACGUUAAUGAAUCAUCUGCAGGAAACAGCACUCAAUCAUGUGAAAUCAGCUGGCCUUUUAGGUGAUGGCUUUGGUUCGACCCCCGAAAUGUGCAAAAGAAACCUAAUUUGGGUAGUUACUCGAAUGCAGGUUCUUGUCGAUCGUUAUCCAACUUGGGGGGAUGUUGUUCAAGUAGACACUUGGGUUAGAUCAUCUGGGAAGAAUGGUAUGUGUCGUGACUGGCUAAUUCGAGACUGUAAUACUGGUGAAAUUCUCACACGAGCCUCAAGCGUGUGGGUGAUGAUGAAUAAACAGACAAGGAGGCUGUCAAAAAUGCCUGAUGAAGUGCGUGCAGAAAUAGGUCCGUACUUUGUGGAUACGCCUUCUGUUUUUGAUGAGGACGAGAGGAAGCUUCCCAAACUUGACGACAACACUGCUGAACACAUCCGUACUAAUCUCACUCCGAGAUGGAAUGAUCUGGAUGUCAAUCAGCAUGUCAACAAUGUCAAGUACAUUGGCUGGAUUCUUGAGAGUGCUCCACAAUCAUUACUGGAGAGCCAUGAGCUCUCAAGCAUGACUUUGGAAUACAGGAGGGAGUGUGGAAGGGACAACGUGCUGCAGUCCCUUACCGCAGUGACAGGAACUAAUGUUGGGGGGCUCCAAGAUUAUUGGAAUGUCGAGUGCCUACACCUUCUCCGAAAUGAGGAAGGGGCUGAGGUUGUCAGGGGAAGAACCGAGUGGAGGCCGAAGCAUGCUAAGAACUUGGGUGAGUUGGAUCAAGUUCCCGCAGGAGCCUAGUUUGCAUCAUCACUUGAAUUCGUGUGCCUAAUCGAAUCUUGUGUCCUUGCAAUUCUCUUUACCCCCUGCUUUUUCAUCAUCUUGCCUAUAUAUGUUUAUUUACGCGGUUGUGCCGAAUGAUUCUACAAACCCCCUCUCCCCUAUGUAAUUAUUCUAAGAUGUGUAUCUUCUACCUUCUUUAUCCUUACACCCUCUAAUGGUAGGACAAUGAAAAGAAAUUAGGGAUAUGUUAUGUUCUUUAAUUCUUUUUGGAAUGGUGAUUAUGAAAUGUUUGUCCACAGCAGAAGGCUAUCCACUUAUUCAUUUUUGGGUAUUUUAAAAUUUAUGGUAUUUCAUUUUGCAGGUAUAAAAGUAAAAUAUCCCAUGUACUAUAAAUACUAUCUUCUUUUUCCUAUUGCUAUAAUUUUUACAGUUUUCAAUUCUCAAGCUGUCAUUGAUAUAGAGGUGUUUAUUCAGGUUAUCGAGUUGAUUUUUAUAUAAUUGUAUAUCAUCUUUGAAGUUUCGUCAAACAAGGUUCAGUUGCAGGGUUGGAUAAAUUUUGGAUCAUCGAGUUUGUUUUGAACACUUCUACAUCAAUAAAUAGAUCUAUACGCAAACAGGUUUCAUUCCAUUUUGAUUCGCACCACUUGAAGGAAAAAUUAUCUCAUAUCUGUUUCAAUACGAUCGGUCAUGUUGGUUUUUGUCGGGUCAAUUUUGGGUAGCUUU